CACUCACAGAGCGCUAUAAAAAGCAGAAGUGCUCAGUGUUCGGCAGGUAAACAUGGAUGCUAACGGUGGAGCAUAGCUUACGAUUUUGAUGUUGUUGUCCGACCGGAGCAGCACUUUAACAACUUAAUCCUCAUUCUAGUCCGCCAUGGUUGUUGUUUUUCUUCUUUCCGCUUUGAGGAUGAGGAGGCUCUGCUGAGCGCAGCCUCGACCAAGGACUCCCAGACCUGCGGACAAAAGCCCUGCCUUCUGAGAUUUCUGCACAUUUCUACACAAACAGCAUCAUGACCAGGAAGGUGUUCACCAACACCAGGGAGCGCUGGCGCCAGCACAACGUCAACACGGCCUUCGCAGAGCUCCGUAAGCUCAUCCCCACCCAUCCUCCGGAGAAGAAGCUGAGCAAGAACGAGAUCCUGCGCCUGGCCAUGCGCUACAUCAACUUCCUGGUGCAGCUGCUGGAGAGCCAGAGCGGCCAGCCGGCCGGCCACUCCUCCACCGCCCUGCUCAGCUUCCUGAGGGGCAACAUGGAGCGGCUGCACUCGCCUCCCCGAACCUGGACCGCCACCAGCGACACCGAGGCGCCAUCACCAGGAUCCAGGAGUGACAGCUCCGAGGCCUGGUAGACGAGAAGAACAUGGAGGACUUUUCAAACUGUUUUUUUUAACGGGAGAAUAAAAACUCGUUGUGUUGUGGAAGACGAGAAACGUCCCUCCUGCGACGCUGAUUAUUUAUAAAAUGUAAUUUCCAGGAGCAAUUUAUACGUUUUCUGCAUGGAAGUGUCCCACGUUCCCUUCGUGUCUCCAUGUUUGCAUCCCUUGUUGCUGGAACUGAUUUAAUUUCGCAAGAAUUCCUGGUUUUCCAAUGAGGAAAAUGGAGGAUUAUGGAUUUUCUUAUUCUGACUUAGAUUAAAUGAGCAACAGAUGAAGGCUCAGAUACGUCUCCACACUGCAAA